AUGUUAGUAAGCCCUUCAUUUACUCGAUCGUAUGCCCUGAGGCGUUGUUUUACCACUACUCGAAGUUUAUUUAAGAAACACAGCGGUAGCAAGAAAAAUGGCAGACAAUCUCAAUUAGAAGAAGACGAGACAGCAGUUGUCGAUAUUACUGAGUAUGCGAAAAGAGCACAAACUGGUUUUCAAAACAGUUUAGAGGUUUUCAAGAAAAAACUCAACGAAGCUAAGCAAGGUGUCACAAAUCCUCGUAUAUUUGAUAGUCUGAAAAUGCCAAAUGGUAUCAUCUUCACAAAUGUUGCAUCGACGUCUUUAAAAGGUAAAAACUCACUGUUGGUUACUGUCUACGAUCCAAAAGAUACAAAAAAUGUAGUUAGUACCAUUAUGGCAGCUGGAUUAAAUUUAAAUCCUGAAAAAAUUCCAAAUAAUGAUCAGCAAUUAAAAAUAUCUUUACCUCCACCAACAACUGAGUCUAGAAUAAAAUUGUGCAAAACUUUGAAAGUCGUCUUUGAGGAGUAUAAAAACUCGUCUUCAAAGCAUUCGUUAGACCAUGUCAGAGGAGAAAUAUUGAAAGAGCUCAAAUCUCUAUUAAAGAAAGACGAUUCUGUAAAAAAAGUAAUUCAAGAUAUUGAAAAAACUCAUAAAGGAUAUGUCGAAAAAUUUCAGAAUCAAUUGAAACAAGCUGAGAAAAGUAUCAUGAAUUAA